UGUAAAUCUUACGAAACCGAAAUGCCUUUAAGUUUGAAGUGCUUAUUGGAAUCUAUACUUCUUUUCACUAAUGCAGUUGCAAUAUUAAAUGAAAAAAGAUUUUUAGCAAAAAUUGGAUGGAAUCAUGAUUCAUCACAAACAUUUAGUGAUUCUCCUGGAAUAAAGUCUCAAUUGAUAAAUCUUAUUAAAUCUAUUCAAAUGGUAAUGAGAGCUCCUAAUGUAUUAAUGAUCUGGAAUUUCUGGAAAGAUGAAAAUCUUGAUGGAAGAAGUUAUGGUGAAGAACAUAGUCAAUCCUCGAAUAGUUCUAGAUCUACAUCAAUAUCUGAUCAAACUGAUGUUAAUGUUAGACGGAAAAAUUCUUUAAUAUGGAACCAUUAUCUGCAUGAUUCUAAAACGGAGACAGCUAGAUGUAAGAUAUGCAAUGUAGAAAUAAUGUGCAAGAAAAACCGGUGGGUCUAUUUAUCGCUCGGCUAACCACAUAAUAAAUCAUUUAUUACUAAAUAUCGCUCGAUUGGGAAAUGUGGCUCGGUUAACCACAUAAUAAAUCAUUUAUUAUUUAAAUUACGCUAGGCUAAUUACAUAAUAAAUUUUUUAUUGCUAAAUAUCGCUCGGCUUAUAUUUAUUUAUUAAAUUUCCAAACAUUUUCCAGUGGGUUUUCACUUUCCUAAUAUUAAUUGAGAAUUAAUUAGUUUAUA